CAGAACUAAAAUCUUUCAUCAAUGGCUUCCUCAGUCCUAAACUCUCACCUCCUCCUCUUCCUCCUCAUUCUCUCUCCCUUCUCUCUCUCCUCCGCAGUCCCGUCCGAACCCAUCCUCAAAGCGGUCGAGAUUCUCUCUGAUUCCGGCUACACUUCCAUGGCACUAACUCUUGAACUAGCCUCACAUACCCUGCUCCCACACUCUCCAUCCCUCACCAUCUUCGCCCCCAUCGACGCCGCCUUCCAUCGCUUAGGCCAGCCUCCUCUUUCUCUAAUCCAAUACCACCUCCUCCCUCUCACUUUCACCUUCCAAAGCCUCAAGUCCCUCCCUGUAGGCGCCAAGAUCUUGACGGUCCUCCCAAGACACUCGCUUAUCGUCACUGCUUCGUCUUCCGAUGACUACGUCUCCUUAAACAAUGUUACAGUUCGCGGGCAGCCUGUAUACGAUGAUGGGUCAUUGAUAAUCUUCGGAAUUGACAAGUUCUUUAACCCCUAUUUUCGGUUUUCAAAGCGAUUCUGGAGACAAAGUCACAAUCUUGAAUGUCUUGCAUCCAUGCCUCAUAGCGAAUCAUCAGUGGCUUCUUUGGGUGCUUAUUCGUUCCGCGAAGCUUGCGCGGCAAUGAGAACCAAUGGGUGCUCUAUUAUGGCUUCGUUUCUUGAUAUUCAGUUUCUUGGGUCAGAAGAAAAGGCUCCUAUGUUGACUGUGUUUGCGCCGGCCAACGAAGUGAUAGAGGGUCAUUACGGUAGCUUCAGCGAGUACUUGUCGUCGUUCUUUCAUCGCCACGUCGUGCCUUGCAGGCUUUCAUGGGGUGAUCUGGUGAAUUUGGAAGAUGGCACGCUGUUGAGGACUUAUUCCGAAGGGUUCACCAUUAAUGUCACUCGGUCCCUUGGCAUGCUUUUGCUCAAUGAUGUUCCGGUUAUCUAUCCCGACAUGUAUUUCAGUAAUUGGCUUGUUGUUCAUGGCGUUGUUGAUGUUUUUGAGCCACCAAUGGAGACAGUUCAAGAGCCGGGUCCUCCAGCAGAGGUGGCAAAUCCAAAAGUGCAAGAGGCAGAACCUCCGGCAGAGGAGCCAAAGUCAACAUACCAAUCAAUUGAAUCUUCAGCUGAGGUGCCAAUGCAUGCAGAGCAAAUGACAGAUUAUGACUUGGAUGAAAAUUCAGCUGAAGUGCCAGUGCAAACUGAGCCAAUGACAGAUUAUGCACCUGCGGUGCCAGAGCAAAUAGAAAAUGAGAAUUCUUCAUCUAGAAAUGGUGAUGGUUUUGAGGCACAUGCUGUAGAACACUACCACUUUUCUGUUUUUCAUUAGGUCAUAAUGUUGUUGAUAGCUUUUGCUUCUCUGUUUCAUUGUGGCUUUUGUUUUUGUAAUGGUUGGAAUGCUUACCAAUAUUACCAUAAGUACUCUAAUUCACUGUCUCAGUCUAGGUGCACGAAGUAGUAUACUUCUAGUAUUGUGAUGUAAUGUGUUUGAGACGUUUGACUGUACUAGAUUGUGCCUCUAAGGGUGUAUAUCUGAUGUAAAUGAAGGGCUUCAGUUGAGAAGAUGUAAAAACAUUUUUUUAGAAAAUAAGAUCAGUUGUAUUUCUUCA